AUGAUCAAUGGCAUUGAAUUAUCUCCAUAUGCAUGUGCAAAUUUUACACAAAAUGAAAUGGCAACAUCACUUCGUUCACUUAAUUCAUUUUUAGCUAAUCUUAUUGUUGGUGGUUAUUCAACAAAUCAAUGUAAUCAACAACAUGCACAACUUUAUUCAAUUGAUUAUUUAGAUGCCAUGAUAUCAGCUAACAAAUUAUUACAAAUUAUUGUUAAUGAACUUGGUAAACAUAUAGCUACAUAUCUACAUUGUAUAUUUGUACGAAUUAUUGGUGAACAAGGUAUGCAUGUACUUGAUAAUAUGUAUCCGGAAAAUAUUAUUAUCAUGUCAUCAAUUGAUUCUCAAUUAUAUGAAUGGUGGUUAUAUGAAGAAGCAGUUUUAGAACGUGAUAAACAUAAUGUUGAUGUAUUUUGUCAUCAUAGACGUGUACAACUUAUGUUACUUGAUACAUGGAGACAUGUUACACAAAUUCCUAUACAAGUCAUAAAUCAAUUAGCUGAUCGAUCUAUUGAAUCUUAUUGGGCUACAAGACCAUGUAAUAAAAAUGCCAUUAAACAAACGGAUAAAAAUCAUCAUAUCUCUUUUUCACAUUGUCUUAAUUGGCCUCAAAUAAAUGGUGCAAAUAUUCGUCAAAAAAUGAUGAGUGACAAAAUUCGACCAUUAUUUAAAGGUUAUGGUGAUGGACGAAAUCCUUUAUGUGGUCAAAUUAAUUUACUUUCGAUAAAAACACCAAAAACUUCAUCAUUUAUUGAUAAUCAACCACAAACAUUAAACAAAAAGCGUCCAGCUCCAGCAUGUUUUUCUGAUGAUAAAAUUGAUACAAGUAUUAGUCAUCAUUAUCGACCACCAUUUGGUAAACAACAACAACCACAAACUCAACAAGAACCAUUAUCAUUUCGUACAGCACGUGAUCAAUUGGAAAUCGAUGAAGCACGUACGAAAACAAAUGGUAUCAUUGUUAAAAAAUCCCUUGGUAUGCAUUCAGUAGCCAAACGUUCAAUAUACAAUCGUUAUGUUGAUCCGACUGGUGGACGGCAAACACAAGGCGAUUCUAAUCAACAAAUGAUACCACCUCCACCAACACCAUCGGCACCUGUUUUACAAAUAAAUCAAUCAAAUAAUACUGAACCUUCAAAUAAUAAAUUAGAAGAGAGUGGUCGUGCUAAACAUAUUGAUCCUAAAUUAAUUGCAAUGAUUACCAGAGAUGCCAACAGGCCACUUUUUUCCGGCCUGGUCUGGCCUGACCUAGCGUACAGGCCAGGCCAAAAACCAAAGAGUGGCCUGAGUCCUGACCUGGUCUGGCCUGCAGAACCGGCGAUUACAAUAUUAAUGGCUAGUGGUGAUAAUGCUCAAAGUUGUAAUACAGAAACAGAUGUGGAAAUUAAACGAUUACAAUUACAAUUACUACUAAGACAAGAAACAACACAACAAAAACGAUUAGAUGCAAUUAUUCAAAAACGAAAAUUAGACCAAAAAAACAAGAUGUAA